AUGGUCUUAGCUCGUAAAGCACAAGAAGAACAAAAUGCAGCAGCUGAUCCAUUUACACGACGUCGUUGUGCACCCACACUUGUCACCAAAACUCCGCAAUUGAGUAAUAAAGAAGAAUUGAUACGUGGAUUACAUCAAGAACGAAAAGCGGCUGAAGCAGCAGCAGUAGCAGCAGCGAAGAAAAAACUCGAUGAACAACAACGUUUGCUGUCUAACACAAACAAAUUUACAACUACUACAACAAUAACUAAACAAGAACCAACCGAUAAAAUGCAUUCGGAAAGAAGUUAUUCGUCAAUGACAACAACCGAACGUGGAUCAUUUACAUCGUUCUCCGAGCACAAUGAUGAAAUGUUCACAUCCCACGAUUUUGAGCUUGACUUGAAUAUCAAGCUGUUUCCUGAAUAG